AUGGUAGUAGCUGACGAACUUCAAAAUGGUCGGGUUGUAAUGCAGUCAAGUAUCAACGCCAAUCGCUGUCUUGAAACUAACAUUACUUGUAACAACGAUUUGGGCACAGGAGCUGUAACAGUUAUAUCUAAUGCUUUGGCAGUACUAGCAGUGGGAAACAGCUCUGUUGACGUAACUGUGACAUGCAAUGACGACGAAACAUGGCAUACAAACGGUGGAGCGACUGUUGCCCAGAUAUUUUGCGCAAUACCGAAGCCAAGCGCAACAGAAGUGACUACCGUAGUUGACUCGACAACGAGGGUUAUAGACACUGCUCCGUCUAACUCAACGACCACACCCGGCUUGUGCGCAGGCACAGAAUGGGACCAAUGGGAGGCGUGGACUAGCUGUUCCGCGACGUGUGGCGCUUGUGGCACCCGAAAUCGUACUCGAACUUGUUUUUUCGAAACUAACGAAUGUAAAUGUGAAGGAGCUGCAGAAGAGAACGAAGUUUGCGGAACCAGCCCCUGCACCUAUCCAGUCCAGCUAGCUUGUUGUUCCCCUUACGUGCUUGGAGCCGUCAAUGGAGAGAUCCGAUGCAAAGUUACAACAUGA